AUGGAAGGGUCCCGCCUGCCCAACCAGGCUCUCAGCCGGAGAAUGACCACCAGGGAAUCGCCCAAGGUCUGCAAUCGCCAGGACGGAGACGUCUCUCCCAGGAGGACUCUCGUCAACUCCGAUAUGACUUUGACCCGCGGGACCCUGAGAAAGGGCUUCUUUUGCAAUGACACCACCAUCCAAUACCCCCGGAUGGCCCAUUAUAUCAUUGAAGACUCGGCACUCAUGAAGAUGGACUUCUUCAUCUCCAUCUUCACGACCAGCCUGGGAGAGCUGAUUCGGGUCAGGGGCCUGCAGCUGAGCUCGCCAGCCUUCAUGAGCAGCACUUACGUGGCCAUGAUCUACAAGCAGCUGGGUGCCUUCAUCUUUGGCAGCCUGGCCAGCUUCUCACUGACCAGUAUCGCCAAGAUGACCACAGGUCAACUGCGGCCCCACUUCCUGGCCACGUGCCUGCCUGAUCCAACCUCCUUCGACUGUGAGAACGGCUACAUCACCAACCACAGCUGCACAGGGCAUCCUGAAGAUGUCCUCGAUGCCAGACGAGUGGGUGGGCAGGGAGGGGAGCCCAGGAGGUGUCCCCACCCCACCCCACCCCACUCCACCCCCAGCUGA